AUGCAAAGAGAAUACCAAGAACGUUUGAAAUUGGCUGUAAUGAAUUUCAUGGGUGCAGCAAAAAAGUCAUCUGGUACAUUCCAACCGACAGAUACCAUCGAUGUUGCCGGUUACAUCAGACAUUACCAAAACUUAACUCAAGUUGUGUUUCGUGGUGCAGGCCACAUCGUGCCAUUUGACCUCGUUUUAUUCUAUUCUCCACUUUAUGAUUGCAGAUAUCUUAAAUAUAAUAAUUAA